UUUUCGUUCCCCCACAAUCGGCCCCGUCGCGGCGCGGCUCCCCCUCCUGCCGGGGGGGGGGGCGCGGCGCCUGCGCCAGUCCUGCGCCCCGCCCUGCGCCUCCCAGGGGGGGGGGGGCUCGCCGCAGGCAGGCCGCAUGGCCCUCCGUCGCCCCGCGGGGGCGGAGGAGCUCAAUGUUGACGAGAUCAUCGAGAAGUGUUUCGAGGCGAAGGGACAUAAGCCGGGCAAGCUCGUCCAGGUCCCGGAGCCGCAGCUGAAGGCGCUGUGCAGCGCGAUGCGGGACGUCGUGCUGGGGCAGAGCGCCCUCCUGGAGCUGGAGGCCCCGCUGAGGAUAUGUGGAGAUAUCCACGGCCAGUACCACGAUCUGCUGAGGCUCCUGGAGUACGGCGGCUACCCUCCAGAAAACAAUUAUCUGUUCCUCGGCGACUACGUGGACCGCGGCAAGCAGAGCCUCGAGGUUAUCACGCUCCUCUUCGCGUACAAGGUCAAGUACCCGGAGAACUUUUUCACGCUCCGUGGGAACCACGAGUGCGCGUCCAUUACCCGCAUCUACGGCUUCUACGACGAGUGCAAACGCCGUUACAACAUCAAGUUGUGGAAGACGUUCUGCGAUGUCUUCAACACAUUGCCGGUGUGCGCCCUGAUCGACGAGAAGAUCAUUUGCAUGCACGGUGGCUUAUCGCCCGAGAUCACCAAUAUGGACCAGGUCCGCAGGAUCACUCGGCCCACAGACGUGCCAGACACAGGGGUGAUAUGCGAUUUGCUGUGGGCCGACCCUGACAAGGACAUCACAGGGUGGGCCGAGAACGACCGCGGCGUGUCGUUCAUCUUCGGCCCCGACGUCGUGACGUCCUUCCUUCAACGGCAAGACAUGGACCUGGUCUGCCGGGCCCACCAGGUAGUAGAGGACGGAUACGAGUUCUUCGCUAAGAGGCAGCUCAUCACCUUGUUCAGCGCGCCGAACUACUGUGGGGAGUUCGACAAUGCCGGCGCCAUGAUGCACAUCGAUGUAACGCUGAUGUGCAGUUUUAAGGUGCUGAAGCCCGUGAAGGGCAAGAAGCCAUGA